GGGCCCGCUGAGGCGGCACAGAUUCUUCUGCUACGCCACUGUUAGCAUUUCCGUUCAAAUUGGCGGAUUUCCACAAGAGCACCCCCUUCCACACGAUCUCAACAUUUUUCUAUACACAUUACAUGUCUGUCUGCGGAUGAUUUACGCUUUAAAUAACACGAACUGCUGAUGCAACGGCGAGCUCAGUGCGAGUCUGCGAGCACAACGUGGGUGCGAGUGUCGUGGACUGAUGACGUCACGUGAGCGCAACCAGUCGGACCGGUUACAGUCUCCACCGCGGGUCGGACACACCAGCGGCUGAUACUGCUGCUGCUGCUGCUGCUGCUCUCAUCCGCUCCCCUGCGAUCCACCGACGACAACAACAACAACAACAACAACAACAACAACGACGACGACGUCUCCGAGCAACGCGCAUUCAUCCAUCGCCCGCCCGCUGCCACUCUGCGGUUUCGCUUCCUGCUGGACUGAACGGCCCUCGUCAUGUCUAAAGGCACGGUGGUUCUGGCCUACAGCGGUGGACUGGACACGUCCUGUAUUCUGGUUUGGCUGAAGGAACAGGGCUACGAUGUCAUCACGUAUUUGGCCAACAUUGGGCAAGAUGAAGAUUUUGAAGCCGCCCGUAAAAAGGCCGAAAGCCUCGGAGCGAAGAAGGUUUUUAUUGAGGACCUGCGUGCGGAGUUUGUGGAGGACUUCAUCUGGCCCGCCGUUCAGGCCAACGCCGUGUAUGAAGACCGGUACCUGCUGGGCACCGCAAUAGCGCGGCCCUGCAUUGCCCGCCGACAGGUUGAAAUCGCACGCAGGGAGGGCGCCCAGUUUGUCUCCCAUGGUGCCACAGGAAAGGGCAACGACCAGAUCCGUUUUGAGCUCACAAACUACGCCCUGUACCCCGAGGUUAAGAUCAUCGCACCGUGGAGGAUCCCCGAGUUCUACAAUCGCUUCCGGGGGAGAACGGACCUGAUGGAAUAUGCAGAGAAACAUGGCAUCCCUGUGCCUGUGACUCCGCGGGCCCCUUGGAGCAUGGACGCCAACCUCAUGCAUAUCAGCUACGAGUCCGGUAUCCUUGAGAAUCCCAUGAACCCUGCUCCGCAUGACCUGUACCUGAUGACCAAGAACCCACAAGAUUCUCCCAACACCCCUGAUGUACUGGAGAUACAGUUCAGAAACGGCGUCCCUGUCAAGGUGACCAAUGUGAACGAAGGGACAUCCAAGGACAUACCACUGGAGAUCUUCUCACUCCUUAAUGAGAUUGGAGGAAAGCACGGUGUCGGCCGGAUUGACAUCGUCGAGAACCGUUUCAUUGGAAUGAAAUCCAGAGGGAUUUAUGAAACCCCAGGCGGCACCAUCCUGUUACAGGCUCACCUCGAUAUCGAGACCUUUACCAUGGACAAAGAGGUUCGGCGGAUCAAGCAGGGACUGGGUAUUAAGUUCUCUGAACUUGUGUAUAAUGGCUUCUGGUAUAGUCCGGAGUGUGACUUUGUGCGACACUGCAUAACCAAGUCCCAGGAGAACGUUGAGGGCAAAGUACGUCUGUCCGUCUUCAAGGGUCAGGUCUAUAUCCUGGGACGAGAGUCGCCGAAGUCCCUGUACAACGAGGAGUUGGUCAGCAUGGACGUGCAAGGAGACUACGACCCAUGCGAUGCCUCUGGAUUCAUUCGGAUUAAUGCUGUCAGGUUGAGGGAACACCAUCGCCUGCAGGGUUUCUCCAGCACCAAAAAGUAACAGUUGCUGCCCUGCAAACCUUUUAUUUUCUUUACGCCCUCUUCUUUCCACUGUGUCUUAAGCAGUAGUAGGUUUAGACCUCCAUUUUCAACCCUUUAUCUUAAUUUCUACUCCUGGUUAUAUUAGCAUCAGCACGCCAGACUCUUGAAGCCAAACGUGAGGUUUCUUUGGUUAAAGUUAGAAAUUUGAAGAAUUCAGAAUUUUAUUCCCUGAAUUUGUCUGGUUCUUAGUAUCAGUAGGUCAGUGAUGGAAGUUAGAUAUUUACAAUGAUUUGCUAUAGAAAUAAAAUAGUGUGAAUCGUG